CAGCCCAAGUUUAUGACUAUCUUUCGAGUUGCUGCUUACGUGAUACCUGUCAGCUAUAUAGCCUUGCAAAACCAGUUAAACAUUGAGGUGGGGGGGGGGGGGGCAAGCUGAAUUUAUUCUCCAUCUAUCAUAAGUCCGCGGUUGUACACUCAAGUUGCUUUCUUCCGUUUUCCAUGUCAUUUCCUGUAAUAAAAAGAUGGUGGUCAAAGCAGAGAGAAGCAGCUGACUCGUUACAAUAAUGUGAAAUGAUAAACUUUACAUCGCCCAGGACUAGUAAAAGCAAACAUUGCCACUGCGUCUGCGACGGGAUUGACCGAGCGCAAAGCUCUAGGGUCGUGCAUUAGAAAGUCCUGCACAGACCCCCCGACGGACUGCGGACUCGACAGAAGAGGCAAAGCGAGAGAUGCUCACUCUAGGUUACCCCCCCAGCUGAGACAAUGGUUUGAGUGGCCAAGGGCAUCCCAACAUGGCUGACACCCACUCCUUCAGCACUCAACCGUCUCCAGAGAAACACCGGGACUGCAGCGCGAGCGACAUCACAGACAAGCCGGCAGAGGAACCAAGCAAGAGGCUGAAAGUGGACCAUGAGUGCUGCACCUCAGACCACCAGCAGGGGGCAGAUUUCUGGUUCUGUGAAGAGUGUAAGGAGUUCUUUCUGGAGGAGUGUCCGUCCCAUGGCCCGCCCGUGUUUGUGCCGGACACACCGGUGGACGUGGGUGUGUGUGGCCGCGCCUCGCUCACUGUGCCCUCAGGUAUAGUGCUGGUGCAGGAGGAGGGCGAGGUGGACGUGUGCUGCGUAGACGAGGACAUCCCCAAGGGGGCGCUGUUCGGCCCCUACCAGGGAGAGAUGGUGUCCCACGACCAGUCAUCUAGCUCCUUCUCCUGGGUGAUCGUCGACAAGAACACAUACAAAUGCAUCGAUGGCAGUGAUGAGUCUAAAGCCAACUGGAUGAGGUUCGUGCGGAGCUCAUCGGAUGGCUCUGAACGGAAUCUGAGUGCCUUCCAGCAUGGGGAGCACAUCUACUUCCGUGUGUGCCGCCGACUGGCGUCCGGGGAGCGCCUGCGAGUGUGGUACAGUGAAGACUACCUGAGGAGGCUGCAGGACAUCUCACAGGACCGCAUCAUCCACAACCUGGACUCAGGAACUGUGAAAUCUGAGGAGGCCGUUCCAAACCCAGACGAUACCAAAAGUCCUACAGCUCCGAACCCAGGUGACACCAAAGGGCCAGUACUGAGGUCGGCGCUGCAUGGCCGCAGGGGUCCGCUAAAGCCCAGCGCGGAGGAAGGAGACGGGCCGCCGCAGGCCAAGAAGAAGAAGAUUGACCUCAUCUUCAAAGACGUGCUGGAGGCGUCUCUGGAGGCCUCGCAGAGCCAGGAGAACCCCCUGAACAGCGCCUUCACCCUGAGGAGGACCCGCGGCCACCUCCGCACGCCCAUCAGCACCGCCCUGCCACCGCUAGAGCAGGACUGCAAGGAUGGCCCCACCCUCCUGGAGCUGGGGAAGGGGCAGUUUGACCUGAGCGCGCUGAAGAGGGAGGAGGGGGAGGAAGUGGGCGACGCCACCACCUCCUUCUGCCCGAACUGCGUCAAGCUGAGGCUGCGGAUUUGCGAGUUGGAGGCGGAGCUACAGCGACUGAGGGGGGAGGAGAGGGAGGAGCCAACAACCUUACCUGAGCCUCACUGUGGGGACGAACUGACAGUGGCAGAGGUCCUGACCCCUGGCCCAGUGAUGCUGGAGGACGAGGACCCGGACGUGGACUCGGCUGAUGAGUCCCUCUCUGCCGACCUCAUGGUUGCCGCUGACGAUGCCUCCAAGCUGCCAGCGGGACCAGGUCGGCGGAUCCGGCGCUUCAAGCAAGAGUGGCUGAAGAAGUUCUGGUUCCUGCGGUACUCGCCCACGCUCAACGAGAUGUGGUGCCACGUGUGCCGGCAGUACACCGUCCAGUCGUCACGCACCUCCGCUUUCAUCAUCGGCUCCAAGCAGUUCAAGAUCCACACCAUCAAGCUGCACAGCCAGAGCAACCUGCACAAGAAGUGUCUGCAGCUAUACAAGCUGCGCAUGCACCCCGAGAAGACGGAGGAGAUGUGCCGCAACAUGAUGCUGCUCUUCAACGCCGCCUACCACCUGGCCGUGGAGGGACGGCCCUUCUCCGACCUGCGGCCGCUGGCCGAGCUGCUGAAGAAGUGCGAACUGAAGGUGGUGGACCAGUACAUGAACGAGGGCGACUGUCAGAUCCUCAUCCACCACAUCGCCCGCGCCUUUAAGGAGGACCUGGCCGAGAGGCUGCGUCUGUCCCCCUUCCUCAGCGUCAUCAUGGACAGCCAGCAUGAGGACCAGCUGGCCGACACCGUGGCCGUCUACGUGCAGUUCCUGACCAGCGAGGGCGGCGCGGCCACUGAGUUCCUGUCGCUGCAGCAGCUGGCAGGGGCCGGAGCGGAGGGCUACGUCCAGGCGCUGGACCGUGCCUUCUCCGUGGUGGGGCUCCGGCUGCAGGAGAAGCUGCUGGUGGGUCUGGGGAUGGACGGAGCGAACGUCUCCUCCAGCCUCCGUGCCAACAUCUACAUCGGCAUGCGCAAGGCGGCGCCGUGGGUGCUGUGCCUGCCCGUGAUGCUGCAGCGCCCGCAGGUGGAGGUGCUGGACGGCAUCAGCGGGAAGGAGCUGUGCUGCCUGGAGGAGCUGGAGAGCAACCUGAAGCAGCUGCUCAGCUUCUACCGCUACUCGCCACGCAUGCUGCUGGAGCUGCGGGCGUCCGCGCCCACGCUGGCCGACGAGGCCCACUUCCUGGGGGACAUCCGCGCCGUGCGCUGGGUCAUCGGUGAGCCCAACGUCCUCAACGCGCUCAUCAAAGACUACCUGGAGGUAGUGGCGCACCUGAAGGACAUCAGCGGCCAGACGCAGAGGGCAGACUCCGCCGCUAUCGCCCUUUCACUGCUGCAGUUCCUGAUGGACUACCAGUCCAUCAAGCUCAUCUACUUUCUGCUGGACAUCAUCGCCGUGCUGUCGCGCCUCGCCUUCGUUUUCCAAGGGGACCACCUGCUGGUGUCUCAGGUGGAUGCCCGCAUCGAGGAAGCCAUCCAAGAGAUCGGGCAGCUGGUGGAUGUGCCUGGCGAGUACCUGCAGGAGUUUGAGGAGAACUUCCGCGAGAGCUUCAACGGCGUGGACCUGAAGAACCUGCGAGUGGCCGAGGCCAAGUUUCAGUCCAUCCGCGAGAAGAUCUGCCAGAAGAGCCAGAGCGUGCUGGCCCAGAGGUUCGACCCGCAGAGCCGCCCUGUGGUCCAGGCCUGCCGAGUGCUGGACCUGUCCACCUGGCCCCGCAGCAGGGACGACCUGCAGGCUUUUGGCGAGGAGGAGAUCCAGCUGAUCUUCGACCACCUGGAGACGAUCCCGUCGGUGGGCUGCAAGACGCCUCAUGAGCGCAUGGAUGCGCGCGGCAGCCUGGUAGUGGAGUGGCGCGACCUGAAGGCCGACUACUUCAGCAUGAGCGGGUUCCGGGAGGUGGCGGGCCACGUGUGCCGCUACCGGCAGCGCUUCCCGCUGCUGCACCGGCUGGUGCAGAUUGUGCGCGUGCUUCCGUGCUCCAGCGCCUGCUGCGAUAAGGGCCGCGCCGCCCUGCAGAGGCUGCGCCGCAAUAGCCGCUCCCGCCUCGCCCCAGAAAACGUCAACGACCUGCUCACCCUCGCCGUCAACGGCCCGCCGAUCGCCAGCUUCGACGGCAAGCGCCCGCUCGACAGCUGGUUCGAGGAGAAGUCGGGGAGCGGCUAUUCCAUCUCAGCCGAGAUGCUGAGCAGGAUGUCCACCUCCGACCAGAAGGCCUUGUUGCAGGGGGUGGAGGUGGCUGCUGACUUCUACCCGGACUGCUGAGAGUGUGAUGUAAGGAACUGUGUUCCAAAGCCAUCCCAUUGUUAAAGACUGAUCAGAGCUGUGUGUAAUUGGCCAGAGGGUGAGGAACUGGCCAUGCUGCUAAGACGGUCUGAUCAGAGGCUCUCUAAGAGCCCUGUCAGUCAUCUGUCCCCUCAUGAACCGAGACAAGCACAUGUAAAGCUAAGCUCUAUGAUGUGCACAUCUUGUCCAACCCCAAAGAGCGACAAUCCACUUAGCACACAUGGAUAUAUCAAAGAAUGCCAUUAUACUUAGUUAUCUUGCGUUUGAAUGUUUCACAGUAACGUUACUCUUCUGAGCCUGUUUAUAGUGGUUCCAUCCUAGUGUUCCUUUUUAUGCAUUGUUAAAACAUUUGAUUUUUGCCAGUUCAGUCAAUGCACACACACACUUUGGUGAAAAAUCGCAGAGUUGAUCCACUUAAACAAUGUGCUCUUCUUCAGCACCUAAUGAGCACAGCAGCAUCGAAUCGCUGGUUGUUGACAGGUUUUGUACAAAUUACAUUUACUUCAUGUAGCUAUAACUUCAUUGUUGAGUACACAGUAUGAUGCAAUAGCUUUUCAAGAUGAUUUUGUUAAAAUCAAAAAGUUGAUGUUAAGUACAAAAAGCCUUUAACAACGUAAACAAUUAAUUUGUCUUUAUCUCACACCAUAUAAGUAUAUUAUGAAUAGUGUUUUGUAAAGUCCAUUUAACAGUUUGUUUGUUUGUUUGAAUAUCUACAGUUAAAACUUUAAAGAUGGGAAUGUGCCAAUAGCCAUGAAGUAUGCAACUUUAUGCCAAUGCUGAACAUGACAAAAAGAGUUAAAAAGCAAAAAGCUAUUACUAUAAUGCCAUGUCUGAUUACUAUGUGUGUUAAGUUGAAAUUGGUAUAUUAUUCUUAGUAUGGCAUUAUUAGUAUGCUAUUAUUGUAUUAUUAUUCUUAGUAUGCUAUUAUUAUAUUAUAAUAUUAUCAUCCACGUUACCGGUAUGAUUGUGCUAGCGUUUAUACAGCGGAAUGUAUCAUUUCGUUAUUGUCAUAUGACCAACCUCAUUGAAAUCUCCAUUUUGAAAUGUCAAUUUUGAGUCAUGAUUAUAGUCCAUCAGCCAUACAUGCAGAGUGGUAUGGCACCCUUGUUUCUCUGAUUGUAAAAUUCCCAAAGAAUGUUGUGAUUUCGCCUGUGUUGCACCUGUGCAAUGCGCUAGUCUUGCAAAGUGAAGACAGUGAAGCCAAGACGGAGCAUUUUUAUGUGUUUUCCACUAAAUCCAGUCCUGUACGGAUGGUGGAACACUCAGGAGGCCAGGAAUGCCUCACCUAAUUUGCCAAAGUCCAGUUUCACUGGAAAUGAGAGAGUGAGGUGCAGAUGGAGUUUUUUUACGCUCUCUUCUAGAGGCACUGAGCAGAGGGGCUGAUGGAGUUUUUUACGCUCUCUUCUAGAGGCACUGAGCAGAGGGGCUGAUGGAGUUUUUUACGCUCUCUUCUAGAGGCACUGAGCAGAGGGGGUUGGAAAAUUCUCUGGUUUAGUCAUGCUAUCAUUGUCAUGCCAAACAUCACUAGACGUUGAUUUAAUGUCAGUAAAAUUAAAGUUGACUUCAUGGAAUGUAGCAAAAUAGAGUGAAGCUGGUUGUAUCUGUGUGUGACAUGAAUGUGAAUGUUGGGUUAAUGGGAUCAGUUCUCAUGUGGCGUGUGUGUGCCUGUUAGACAUGGCAGGGUAUAAUGCACAAAGGAGGUCUUUUUGUCCCGUUGGCAAAGCAUUAUAUUGAAUGGUGCACAGGCUUUCACGGCUGUAACAGUCUGAUGGAUUGAUCCGCCAUGAAUGGGACAACUGUCAAUGGCGCGGUGGUGGGCUCUGUGCUGGAUGGCCAAAAUGUGACUGUGUUUUUAAUGCAAACUGCUAAACGCCAUUCAAAGGCAUACCACAUUUGGUUUUAAAAUGUUCAUUUUUUUUACAGAUUUUCAUUUUGCCUUACUGAUCUUGUUUGUCUUGUAUGGAGAAUCUGUCAGGGAGCCACUCUGGUGGGCUUGAUUCUGUAUAAUACACGUGAUCUAUUCCGCAGGACAGUGUUAGACAAAUUAAUAGAAAUGUUUCAAUGUUAACAAUUGUGUUGGUUGUUUUUGCCACAGAGCAAUACAAUAUCACAAAAAUAGUUUACCUUUCUGCUAUAAAUACGUUCUGAUUGAAAAUAAUAUUUAGUGAAUCAUACAGUCAUGGAAUGGAUAUGAUUCUUAGUGAUUCCUACAGAGUCAUGGAAUGGAUAUGAUUCUUAGUGAUUCCUACAGAGUCAUGGAAUGGAUAUGAUUCCUAGUGAUUCCUACAGAGUCAUGGAAUGGAUAUGAUUCUUAGUGAUUCCUAGAGUCAUGGAAUGGAUAUGAUUCUUAGUGAUUCCUACAGAGUCAUGGAAUGGAUAUGAUUCCUAGUGAUUCCUACAGAGUCAUGGAAUGGAUAUGAUUCCUAGUGAUUCCUCACUCUUCAUUCUUCUUCCUUUAAAACAACAAAAUAUUAAAGAAAUACUGAAUGUUAUGUAACACUAAACUGUAACAUUUAGAGAUAACAAAAAUUAAGCUAAAACAACAAAGACAAUCGUCCACUGAUCUGUGAAUCUUUUUUGGCUGCAUGUAAAACAUACAAAGAGAAAGGUUUUUGGGUUUGGGUUAUUCCUUUUACCAAUAACAGCUUUUUAUGAUAAAUACUAGAAUGAAUUUGGGAAUACACAGAUUAGGAGAACAACCAAGACAAUGGGACAUUUCUGUAAUUAUGAAACAUUAUGCAAAAUUAUAACUGUGGAAGACUUCCUAUUAAUGUGCCCAACACUGUAUAUAUGUAAAUGUGUGUCAUAUAUAUCUAUAUUGAGAUAGUGUCACGCAGAGUCUUCUGUGGUGGUCUAGUGGUGACGGUGGUAACGAUGGUUUGGUGGUGGUGUAGUUUGGUGGUUAUGGUUUGAUGCUGAUGUGGUGUGGUGCUAAUGUGGUAUGCUUUUGGAUGGUUAGACUAGACUAUUACCUCACAGUGAGGUAUGCCAGCAAGUACAUAAGCUUGUUCUUUUGAUACAGUUUUGAGACCUUCGGAAGAUGCCAUUCCUCCACCCACUAGUGUGUGUGUGUGAGGUGUGUGUGUGUGAGAGAGAGAGAGAGAUAAAGGCUGCUUGAGUGACAUCUCCCAGCAGCGGGCUGGCUGAGGCAGAGGAGGUGGUCAAGCUUUAAACGUUAGGGUUAGGGCUAGGGUUAACCCUGACAUAAGGACACGCAGAGGGCCAGACUGUUCAGUAAAGCCAUUUGAACUCUAAAUGUUGCUGGAAAUGAAACUUUAGUGGCAGAUCAGAUCGUCGUCAUUUGUGGGUUAGUUUCCUCCUGCUUUGCCAUAAUAUUGCACCUUUUCUUUUCCUUAUAUUUGUAUCAAAUGUCUGUCCAUUGUUGAUUUUCUUUAUCAUAGCCUGAUCUUUGUUGUGACCAUAUUGCAUUUAUGUUUUUUAAUAUUGGUACAUUUAUUUUUUUCCUGUUAUUUCAUACUUCAUAAAAAUUGUGAAUUUUCCAGAAUGUUUAGAAGUCCUCAUACAGUGAGCCAAAACAAAUCCAUGAACCCACUCAGUGUUUCGAUGGGGCUUCAUAACACUGCAUCAGAAUGAGACUUCUAAAUGACCGUCCUGACUUAAGAGAGGAGCUGGUCAGGUGGAGUAAAGGUGGUGGGCCAUUGCAGUCUUACACAGAACAAAUGGCUUCAGGUUUUCACAUUGAACCUUUCUCUGAAUGGGCAAGAGACUAUAUAGUGCAUUCAGAUCUGUAUUCUUCUCACUGUCUUCACAUUGGUCUGGAGCACCUGUUUUAAAUCAUGUAACACUGGAAUUGCAUUACUCUGAACUGUAAGUGGACAUGGAUGUGUGUGAUCUUGACUGGAUGGGGAAAUGUUCUUUAUACCCACUCUGAAUAUAUAUCACUCAAAUAAGGCUUUAAUAAAACCUUUUUGUAUUUUA